GGCUAUGACCAUGCUGAAUGCAGAUGAUAUCAGACACAACCAAUAUAUCUGGAAGAAUUAAAAUAAAGUUCCUAUAGUAUUACUAAUCUAACAUUAAAAAUGAAUCUGCAGCUUCUUUUUAAUUGUUUGUUUUAAAAACAAAUCUUAUGCUUGGGACUUUCCCCCACCCCCAAGUAUAAAACUAUGACACAAAAAGUAUUACCAAGUUGCAAUGCUAACCAUUUGCCUGGGGGUAAGCCCCAUUAAAUUGAGUACUGACUUCUGAGUAGACAUGGUUACUGUUUUUGUAUGGGGACAGAGAGCUUGGCAAAGUUUGUUCACUUCCCUUGGUAAGAGGCAAAAUUCCUAUCCUGCAAAGUUUUCAGAUCAGAACUCAGUGAUGCCAGGCAUGGUUUGCAUGGUGAAAUCCCCAGGUUUAAUCAUUGUUGUCUCCCCAGUUAAAAGAAAUUAGUCCUAAACUUGGUAUAAGACAUAAUUUCCAUGGUUUGGUGCUUCAUUCCUAAAUGCAUUUUCUUCAAAGUAUUGUUCAUUUGUUUUUAGUGCCACUUAUUUCUCUAAAAAGGAAUAUUUAGGAUGGUGGCCCAAGUCUCAUGAAGGUUGUUUUUAAACUCCAUUUUGGUUUAUGACAUGGAGACUAUGUUUCCUUGUCCUUCACCCUGCCUCACAUUAAACUUUUCAGCAAGAGUUCUUUGGCACAUAGCCACUGCCCAUGUAGCUCUGUACUGUCUACACUGGCAGGCAGUGUCUCCCUCAGUCCUACCUGGAGAUGCUGGGGUUGAGCCUGGGACCUUCCACCUGCAAAGAAGAUGCUCUGGGCAUCCCAACAGAUGCAUAGUAUAACAAAGUUGUACAUAUCUGUGUUAUUUCCAGUGCAAUAUUUGUAUGCAGAACGUUGUUUCACCCUUACUUUGUAUACAUGAGGUAUAAAUUAAAUUGAAUUCAUAGUCAGUUGCUUUGGGUCCUCUGACCAUCUUCUUCCAGUGAUUGUUGUGGCAGCAUUGUUAUGUUUGGCAGAAUUAAAAACAAUAACACUGUAGAUCAUAAACAAGGAUGUUUAACAUUUAUUAUUAUAUUUAUUAUAUUUAUUGGUUGGUUACUACAGAAAAUGUAUUGAAGCAACCAACAAUUGGAGAAAAACACAGAAUUUAUUUGUUGUCAAUGUGAGACAAUAAACCAGAAGCCUAUAUGGGGGGGAGAGAGACUUGGAGCAUGAAUUGAAUACUCAGGACUGUAGGGGGCUAUGGGUUGAGAUUUUACUUAAACUCAAGAUUAGGCUUAAGUUGAGCUGUCAACCAUCUGUGAGAUUUGCUGAGGUGCUGUGCCUCUUUGGUUUUCUGUUUACCUCCUGUAUUUUAACCCGGCUUACUCGUGAGCACUCCUCAGCUGCCUGAGAAAUGAGGAUUUCUUUUGACGCCACGGAUACGAGCUUCGAAAGUUUAUUGCCUAGUACUCAGCUACGUACAGGAGCUGUUUCUUGGUCGGAGUUUUUUUUAUUUAUUUAUCCCACUUUAACUACUCAAGCUGUUGAAGUUGACUUUUUGACCAUGCGAAGCUUCCGUGCGAUUUUAAGUUUCGCGGCUGCCCUCUGCCUGUCCACUAUCUGCGUCAGGUCCAAAUACAACCAAAGCUCGCAAUCUCAUAAGGGAAAGCGAAACCUUUCACAGGAGAAAGACGAUUGUGGGAACCUGGCGAGUUCUUCGCGUGGAAGGAAAACCGCGCCUCACCAGCGAGACCCAUGGACUGGGGAGGUGGGUUGGCGGCCCGCAGGUGCCUCCUGCUCGGCUUCUCGGUGUUCCUCUGUGGCGGCGUCGUCCUCCAGCCGGCAGAAUCUCUGAAAGUGACAAUGGAAAGUCGGAUGGUGGCAGUCUUGGAUACAGAUGUGAUGAUACCAUGUGAGAUCUCUGAAUACAGUACUCCAGAGCUAAAGAUUGCAAAAAUUGCUGUUGAGUGGUAUUGGAAGCCUUCUUCCAAGGAAGCGGAAAAUAUAGUAUACACCAUUGUUUCUGGAGUGCCUAAAUCUUAUAGAAACGGUGCAAGAGUGGAUGAAAGUGAACUGAUAAAAGGCAAUGCUGCACUUUCCCUCCCCAAAAUACAGAUUAGUGAAGAAGGAAUAUACAGAUGUUCUGUGACUGUUACCCCAGAUUCAAAUCAAGGAACCACUGUUGUAGAGCUAAUUGCUCAACCUUCAGUAAAGCUGUCUCCCAGGACAGUUGAACUAGAAGAUGGCAAGGAGAAGACCCUGUCAUGCACAGUGAAUAAAUUCUAUCCUCUUUUGAUUGAGGUUCAUUGGGAGAAAAAAUCUGAACGCGACAAUAAUGAAGUUGUACCUGCAGAUGAUAUUUGCACAGGGGUACCUGUGAAAAAUGGAGAUGGCACUUUCAAUGUAACCAGUAAACUGGAGCUACAACCAUCUUUACAAGAUAAUGGAAAUGUCUAUAGUUGUGUUGUGGGACACAAAUCAUUUUCCAUACGGCAGGCCUUCAAUGCCACUUUGAUAGUAACAGAACCACCACCAAAUUUUACCUGGUUGGCUGUGAUACUUGUUUUAUUAUUACUUGGUGUGAUUCCUGUAAUUCUGUACAUAAUGUACUUUAAGAAAAUUCAACCAGGGAUAUUUUCAGCAACUGCAAAUAAGGAAUUGAAACAUUUGGAAGAAGCACUGGUGGUGUUCUGGCUGCAAGGCUUUCGUCCAAAGCCUUUAGAAAUAGUUUUUUUCUUAAAACUCCAAAGCAGGAAUGAAAAACUGAAACUGUGCUCUUGGAAUACUAUGACAGGCAGCAAUAUUGAACACGGAGAAGAUACACCUCUUAUCAUCACUGGAGAAGAAGAAGAAAGUUCUGAUCUUGAAAAGACUUUGAAGACCAUGUUUACCUUUGAUCCAGCUUUGCAAGUAAAACAAAGGCGCACUUUUGACGUUUACUGCAAUGUCAACAUAGUUCCAGAUGUAAAGCAUAUGGAGGAGUUUGAACUUAUACUUGAAGUUAGACAUGAGGCCUUUCCAGAUCGUUUGUCUACUGAAACAAUAUCAUUUAAAGUCAUAGAAUGUACUCCCAAAGUCUCCAAAUUUGAAUGUGAGCCUCCUGUACCAGAGUGUGGGAAACUCAUCACAUUAUCUUGUUUAGUAGAAGAUUUCUGCCCACGGGAGUGUGACGUUUGUUGGCUAAGAGGCAAUAAUGAGCCUUUGGAUGCUAUAAGUAACACAGAGGAGCCACAACUGGACCCAGGAUCAAAUCUGUAUUGCAAGAAAAGCAGAGUAUCCUUUAUACCUCAACCAGAAGACCAUGCAGUAGACUUUAUUGUUCAAAUCAACCAUUGUAAAAAAGUUAUAAGACAUAGUUACCCGCUCAUGUUAAAAGGUUACCCCAAAGUUACAGAUAUUACGUGUGAACCAAAUUAUCCUAAAUAUGGAACUACAUUGUCUCUAACCUGUAAAGUCACAGAUUUCUUUCUUAGCAACAUAAAUAUUCAAUGGCUUGAUGGGGGUAUUGAAAUAAGUAAAGGUGUCGACACAAAGGGGCCAGUCAAAGACUCAAAUGGCUGCUUGAAGUUGUCUUCUAAGCUCCAGCUGAUACCAACUGCUUUGGAUCAUAAUAAGUUCAUUAUUUUCAGUGUGACGUAUGGCGACCUGAAAAAGCCCAUUAUUAGAGAUGUGUAUCUAAAGCUCCCAGUUCACCGCCCUGAGAUGUCUGAAAUAAAGGCAACACCAAUGCAAAACAGCGAGAGCAUCUCUUUGGAAACUGUCAUAUCAAAUUUUGCACCUUGCAACAUAAAAGUGACAUGGUAUGAAGAAUGGGAAAAAAUAUCUGAAGACAACCCCAGGAACAUUCAGAUUGGAGAAAACAAGUUAGGUUAUUUUGUAAGCAAAUUACAGUUUAGUCCAAAAGGAAAAGACUCCAAAAAGACAAUCAGAUGUGAAGUUUUUCACCAAGCGACACAGGAUUUUAAAGAAACAAGCUUUGUGUGGGAAAGGAAAGAUCCUAAGCCACCCACUGAAAAACCAGCUCUAGAUCCUAAGCCACCCACUGAAGAACCAGCUCAACCUAUGAAGAUAGAAUGUGUCACCAGCAACCCAAAGGCAGGCAAGGUGACUCUUCGCUGUUUUGUACCUGGAAUAAGAGCAGAGGAAGCCAUUGUUUCCUGGUUUAACGGAGUAUAUCCAGUUGAUGAUAAAAUACAGAAUGAAAACUGUGGCGAUGGAUCUGGUUUUAUUUCGUAUGUGAUCAUUACAACCGAAAAAGAUAAGAAAAAAUAUGAAAUCAAAUGUGCAGUUUAUGUAGAUGCAAAUGAUAAAACCUUGGAUAAAACCUUUGAUUUAGAACUUUGAGAAAUCAUUGUAUAAAGACAAUGAAUAUACAAAAAGAACCACAGGAAAAAUCUACUGCAGGCUGCUUUCAUACAUCCCCUGCUUGCUUCCAUGAGGUGUGUGGGUCCUGUCGGUCCUGUUUUGUGGGCCCCCACAAAAUUGAUGGGCAUUCCCAUUCAAAUGGUGUGUGUGCAUUGCAUCAUGUGAUUGAUUAUGUAGGGCGGGGCUUACCUGGGCUCUCACAAGAUUUUAUUCAAGUUGGCACCCCUGCUUUGAAGCCCUAUGUGAAGAAAGCCUGCUUAAUGAGGUUGUAAUGUAUAUUAUGUGAUAUAAUGAAAUACUGUAUAGCAUAAUAUAAUGUAUGGGUGAUGAUGUUGUUGAAAAUCUCCACUCUGGUUCAGUGAUAAGCUGUAACAGGAUGGUGGUAGAAUUUUCAGUACACAAAAGAGGGACUGAUGGUAAGCAUAUUUUAAUUGGUGGAUAUAUCUAGCUGAGCACUGGCCAGCAAAGCAAGUUCAGGAGUAGCCGUUGAGCAGGACAGGAAAGAGUCAAAAUAGAGUUGCACUUAAAUAAAUCAGUAAAGGACCUAGCCAAUGGUAAAAGAAGGGCCAAAGCUCAAGUGCAGACCUUGCUUGCAGAAGGCCCCAGAUUCAGUUCCCAGCAUCUCUCAAGUAGGGUUGGGAGGCACUCCUGCCUGAAACCCUGAAGAGCUGCUGCCAGUCAGUGUAGACAAUAUUGCGCUGGAUAGACCAGUUGUCUAUCUCAGCGUAAGGCAGCUUUUGUGUUUCUAUGUCUGAUAGAAAAGGCUUCCAGCAGUGACCUCAUUGGUUAAGGCUUAACUGGGAUGGAAAGAAAAGAAGCAACCUGUAUUACUAUGUUGAAGUAACUAGGUAACGUUGCCCAUAAUAUUGAAACAAACAAAUGUUGGUAUAUUUGCUUAAUGUAAUAGCUAAUUGCCUUUAUACUGCACCUGUACUCUAUUGUCACUAGGUUAUUGGUAAGUUAAGUGUCUAGAGGGAGUAAGGGAUGGUGGCCAUGGCACAGAUUUAGGAGAACUUUUGGAGUGGAAGUUGAAUGUUAUCAUUGUAGAGAAAGUAGGGGGGGAUCCCUUCCCUCCACACCCUGCAUAAUGGCUUGAAAUUCAGUUUUCAGAAGCUUACUCCCAAACAAACCUGCCCAAGUAAUGAGCUCAUCUUCAGGGGCCUUGAUCAGAAGUUAGACAGCUGGCAGAAAGGGGUGGGGGAGCAUCUUGUAGAAGUGUCUCUUCAGAGAUGUACAACUGGUGCCAAAUAGGGAUGUGAGCACUUGCAGCAAGGAGCACCCCUGCUCAAAUUAAAAAGCAGUUUAAAGGCAGCAUAGUCACUCUUGGAAGCUUCCUCCCUCGAUUCUGCUCCCUCAAGCCCUGAGCUCUGUGCCUUCUAUCACACCCUUGAGUGUCAUGUUCAGGAGAGCUGCUGUCCUGCCAUAGGACUGUAGGAAGUUGUCUUAUACUGAGUCAGACUAUUGGCCCAGGUCACUUGUUUAGUCGUUUAGUCGUGUCCGACUCUUUGUGACCCCAUGGACCAGAGCACGCCAGGCACUCCUGUCUUCCCAGGUCACUUAGUAUUAUUGAUACUGACUGGCAGUAGAGUUUCAAACAGAGCCCUUUCUUAGGGUCUACCUGGAGAUGCCAUGGACUGAACUUGUAAUUCCCUUCCUUCCUCCUUGAUUCCCAAGGUGAGUGUUUUCUCCUUGAGGACAGGUAGUGAGCAUUUGCUGAAAGUAUUGAAGACUGCAACAGUGUCAUGCUAUUCAGGUUUACUCAGAAGUAAGUGCCAUUGUGUUUAGUAGGGCUUAUUGUUGCACGCCAUCCCAAUCUCCUAGCAGUGUGAGAUUCCAGGUGCUUACCUGGGGCGCAGGUUUUCUUUGGAAUGAGGGACAGCAGAGACUGUAGUGACUUCAGUAUAUAUGGUUUAUUUAUAAAUAUAUACAACCUGAGCCUACGAUGGAGAGGCUCACAGCAUGGCAGACUGAUGUUCUGAAAAAGUUGUUUACUACAUCAGGAGACUGAGAAGCAGUGCUUUUCCCCCCUGGGGGUACUCAAGGGUAUGCAGUACCGGUGCCUUUUUCGUCUUCAGAUGUUAAAAGUGUGGCACAUGCUGUAACAACUUCAUGGUGAGUACUGGCACCCUUUUUCCUUAAAAAAGAGAGGCACUGCUGAGAAGCUUUCUAACUAACAGACCAUUGAGGUAGGGGCCCCCACCCAUUUGGCCUCUGACACAGAGCCACUUCCUUUGUUACCAUAGCAGCGCAUACAGUGGUGCCCCGCUA